UUUCCCCCAGCGUGUGCGUUUGCACUCCCCGGGGAAGGACCCAGGCAGCUGCGUGCGCUCCUGGAGCUCGGGACGGACCAAAAACCAGAAAACGCAAAUCGCUACCGGGCGCCGCCACUAAAACAAGGGGGUGUGGCAGAAAGUUGGAAAUGUUAAAUUAGGGAAGCCGCCGAGGGGAUGAUUUUUAAAAAGAACAGGGCUGACAGCUUCAUGGAAGUCCAACUUACAGAACGUGAAUUUCUCAGCUAAAGAGUACAUUUUGACGAAAUUGGGAACAUUUCCAUCACCUCAAAACGGUCUGAGGAAGCAGCUUUUGGACUAGAACAUGAAGAUUCAAAGGGAGGCAACUGGGGGCUGGGGAGAGGGUGAGCCAUUCGUUGGGGUCUGAAGAACCACUGGUAGGAUGCACCCUGUGUUCAGGGCAGAAGCAGCCAGCAGAUCUGUGGCUGGGGUUCAGCAGGGAAGAGAUUGACACGUUGGGUACCUGCCCUCUCAACUUCUUGGGUUCCCAUUGCCCAGCACAGCAUGUGGCUCGUACUAGGUGAUAAGUGGUUGAGUGACUAUUACCUAGAGUCCUGUAAGUCCAUCCCUGAUGGCAACCUGACUGUUGGGGGGUGGGGUGGGGUCAGAAACAACAUUUGUUAACAGCCUGUUGUGUUUCAAGUAUGAUGUGCUUGACCUUAACUUAUUACUCUGAAAUAGAUAUCAGUGUCUUUAUGUACAGUUGAAAAAGUCAGGACUAAAGAACUUGCCCAAAACCACAAAACUGUUCCCAGACCCUGGUUACAGAAGCCCUGUGAUUCCUUCGCUUGUUUGAUCCUGCAGCUAACUGAUGCUUCAAGUGCAUCUCUACAUCUUGGAGCAGAGAUGCAGUUGGUAAACACCAUGUCCUUUCACAAGGUUGCCUUCGGAAAUGUCGAUAUGCCCAUAGCUGUUGCUCUGACCUAUUAUGUUUUCACUUUAUUUUUUCAUUAAGCCAGGGAACUCAGAUGCCUUCCCCAAGUUCCUUGCAGUUUCUCCAUUCUCUGUUAUCCUGUUUAAGGAUAUUGCCCUCAUUAAUCAGUAUGUCACUCAGCCGUUAGGCUUCUUUUGGAGAGAUGACUGAUGUGGUAGACUUCUGAAUGUAAAGAUUUGCUAACCAAUUGAAAACAUAGUAUCAAAGUAUGUGAAAUCUUUAGGAAAUUAUGCAUAGACUUUCUCCUUAGAAAGGAAGAAAAAGAAGGAAAAACUGCUUAUUGUACUUAGUAUGUGCUAGGCACUACACUUUCUGCAAAUUCUGAUUUGAUCCAUCUUGCAGACCUGGAGAAUAUACAAUAUUUUUUCUCUGUUUGCAGUGAGAAAAAUGAGGCCUGGUGAGAUUAAGGUUCCAGCUUAAUCUGAGUGGCAGAGGUUCUAUUCAGACUCUGGUGGGCCUGCUAGUUAUGCCCUGGAAAAAACUCAGUGGAGAUUCUUCUAGACACAAAAUGAGUCUGUUCGGAACAACCUCAGGUUUUGGAACUGGCGGGACCAGCAUGUUUGGCAGCACAACCACAGACAAUCACAACCCUAUGAAGGAUAUUGAAGUAACAUCUUCUCCUGAUGAUAGCAUCGGCUGUCUGUCUUUUAGCCCACCAACCUUACCGGGGAACUUUCUUAUUGCAGGAUCGUGGGCUAAUGAUGUUCGCUGCUGGGAAGUUCAGGACAGUGGGCAGACCAUUCCAAAAGCCCAGCAGAUGCACACUGGACCCGUGUUAGACGUCUGCUGGAGUGAUGAUGGGAGCAAAGUAUUUACAGCAUCAUGUGAUAAAACUGCCAAAAUGUGGGACCUCAAUAGUAACCAGGCAAUACAGAUUGCACAGCAUGAUGCACCUGUUAAGACCAUACAUUGGAUCAAAGCUCCAAACUAUAGCUGCGUGAUGACCGGGAGCUGGGAUAAGACUCUGAAGUUUUGGGAUACCCGGUCAUCAACUCCCAUGAUGGUCUUGCAGCUCCCUGAGAGGUGUUACUGUGCCGAUGUGAUCUACCCAAUGGCCGUGGUGGCGACUGCAGAGAGGGGCCUGAUCGUGUAUCAGUUAGAGAACCAGCCCUCUGAAUUCAGGAGGAUAGAAUCUCCACUGAAGCACCAGCAUCGUUGUGUGGCUAUUUUUAAAGACAAACAGAACAAGCCGACUGGCUUUGCCCUGGGGAGCAUCGAGGGGAGAGUUGCUAUUCAUUACAUCAACCCCCCAAAUCCUGCCAAAGAUAACUUCACCUUUAAAUGUCAUCGAUCCAAUGGAACCAAUACUUCAGCUCCACAGGACAUCUAUGCGGUAAAUGGAAUCGCAUUCCAUCCUGUUCAUGGCACCCUGGCAACCGUGGGAUCCGAUGGGAGGUUCAGCUUCUGGGACAAAGACGCCAGAACAAAGCUGAAGACUUCCGAGCAGUUAGAUCAGCCAAUAUCCGCCUGCUGCUUCAACCACAACGGGAACAUAUUUGCUUACGCUUCCAGCUAUGAUUGGUCCAAGGGACACGAGUUUUAUAAUCCCCAAAAGAAAAAUUACAUUUUCCUGCGUAAUGCAGCUGAAGAGCUAAAGCCCAGGAAUAAGAAGUAGCAACCUGAGACUUCUGGUUGUCCAGAGUUGUUUUCUCUCUGCUCUGAGGGCCCCAGCUAUGGGCACCUCGGCCAUGGACGUGGAUUCCAACCCCUGGAGGAAACAGGUCACUGCUGAGCAGGCAGCCCGGCUGUCCACGGCAACUUGCCGCCUCUGUUCCACUACUUGCUGCAGAGUUUUCUUAUAACUCUAAGGGGAACAAAAUUAUUAUAGAAGUUAGAGUCUUGUGGGCAGUGCCAGGUAUUUUACUGUGCUUCCUUCAGCAGCAUAUGUGUUAGAGAAUUUGGGGAAACCAAGUAUCAACUCUGUAUUGUAUUUUGUAAUAAAAUAUUUUGAAGGUUGCCGCUAGCUCUUUCUGUCCUUCUCCCCUGUCCUGCCUGCCCUGAGUCCUCAGCAGUGAUUAUCCUGCUCAGCAUCAACACUGGGCUGUGAGUUAUUUUCACCCAUCUUGGGAAAUGCAGAAAUCUCGCACCUUAGAGAAUGAAUCCCGAGCUGUGAUCACCCCUGCCCUGUGGCAUGUCCUAGUCCCUCCAUGUGUUGGCAAGCAGAGUGGAAUGGUUUUCCUUUUGCUUCCCUUUAGCAUUCCCAGUGCUCCCCGGCUCUACUGGGUAGUUUCCUGGCCAUUCUGAAGUGGGAACUGUCCUCUUCCUAAGAGACAGGACUUUGGGGGGCUGCCUUGUAAGGCCCAGAUGGGUGGCAUUUGUGUGGUCUUCAGGUUAAAACCAGGUCCCCUCCGUGGGAAUUGCUCUGAACUUAUCCCCCAGUGGUGGUUAUGUUGAGAGUUACUCUUUCACUCUGGAAAUGCCCUGACUGGUAAGUAUCCAAAAUGAAACUCGGUGUUUGUUGUUUAAGGCUGUUGUACCCUAUGGUUCCAAGCACUGCGAAUGCAAUGUUGCUUUGGGGUUGCUGACUGUGGAGAUCUGACAUCAGUACUGUUCCAAGAUGGAUUUACCUGUUCAGAAGCAGCAGUAGAAAUAAAGUUUGCUGCCAAAA